GCUUGGUCUUGUGUGUUUUUGCUGAUUGAUGUGAUAUGGGUGUGGUGUGGACGGACUCCUUGAGGCUAGCCUUUGGUGGGGUUGCCGCCGGCGCCGGAUAGUGUGGACCGGCGUGAGUUUAAGGUUUGAUAUGACAGGCCACUCUCUCUCCGCAGUUCUGGGAAUGGCACCACGUCCCUCGUGAUUGACUUUUUAUAUUCGAUGGGGGUGAGGUUUACGUAGUGGCGGCGGGGUAGGUCUUGCUAGGUAGGUGGAGGGUUCUUUUCUUCUUUUUUCUUCUGUUUGUUGUUGUCGUCUGUAUGCGAAUUGCAGCGGCUUUUCAAUUAUUGUCGAGGUCUUUGUCAGACUUCCACGUCUGUGGGCUCGAGCUCUACUCUCAAUAGCGGGGUACGGGCAUUGGUCUCCUAGGCUCGUUGCAAGUCAAUCUUCAGUUUACAAUCCAAAGAUCGCUGCGAGCAAAACCAGGAUCCAAAAUCGAAAAGUUGCUUCUAAGCUUCUGAGCCAGACGAACUACCAUCCAAUCCUCCAAGCUCAACGGCAAGAGUUCAGACUUUCAGAACCUCAAGCUCUCAGAAACCCAACCUCUCGCAAACUCAUUCAAACCCUCAAGCUCUCAAAAACUCACUCAAACCCUCAAUCUCUCAAACCAACCAACCAACCUCCCAAACCCUCACAACAAACAACAAUGCCCCAGUCCUACACCACCUUCCUCUCCACCUCCUCCUCCCUUCCCCCCGACCGAAGCGACAUCUUCGACCACAAAAACCACAUCCACGUCCCCCCCCAUGUCAUCCUCGACUGCCCCGCCUACACCGUUGAUGACAGAUUUGGAACUUGUUUUCGGUUGAAGGAGGUGGAGGGGGAAUGGGGAAGAGAACGCAUUGGGGGGGGAGGGGUGACGAAGGGUGAUGUACUUGGGAUUGGAGUGGUGCUCGGGAUGGUUGUGGUUGCGUGGGCGGUGGUGGGGAUUCUGGGGUGGGUGCUGGGACGGAGGAGGGGGAGGAGGGAUAGGGAGGGGAGGGGGUGGAAGAGGAGGAAGGGGGAGAAGGGGGGGAGGAGGGGGGGAAUGUGGAGAGCGAUGGAGGAAGGGGGGGUGAGGGGGGUGGUUGUUGGAGCGGGGGGAGAUAUUUUUGUGGUGAAGUCUUAG